AUGUCUGGAUAUAUUCUUAAUUAAAGUUUAUAGCAACACAAUGAAAGUGCAAAUAUAAUUCUGAUAAAUGGAAUGAAAUAUGAAAAGAUUAACCCACCAAUUGGAUCAGGAACUGAAGGUAUAAUUUAUUAGGGAAUUAAUGUUCAAACAAAAUAAAAAGUGGCUAUUAAGGAAAGCUAUCGAUGCGAUUAGAACAUAAUUAAUGUCCAUUAAACUAUUUUCCAAAAGAAUUGCAGUCAUAUCAUAGGAAUACUUGGAUUUCAAUAAACCAACAGUUAAGGUUUAAUAGUUGUGAUGGAAUAUGCUAAUGGAGAAUUCUAUAAAUUUAUGAAGUAAGAUGAGUUUAACAAAAUGACUUAUGAAGAAAAAAAUUCUUUAUUUAUUUAAGUAAUUAUUUUUAUGAUUUUAGAUGGUAAAAGGUGUCUAAUAGCUACAUUAAAUGGGACUAUUCCACAGAGAUUUAAAACCUGAAAACUUUGUCUACAUCGAUGGUUAAAAUAACAAGAAAACUAUUAAAUUGAUUGACUUUGGUUUUGCCAAAUACAUUUCAAAUAAACUGAGGAGUACUUAUAAGAUUGGAACACCAUACUAUAUGGCUCCAGAAGUUAUGGGAACUCAAGGCAUUUUAUAUAAUAAAUCAGUUGAUAUAUGGUCUUUGGGAGCAAUUUGGUAUGAGGUAUUAGUUGGCCAAGUAUUCUUUAAAUGUAAUAACAAUUAUCUAUUUUAGGUAAUUUUUAAUAGAAUAUCCAGAAUUUAAUCCUUAAUUAGAAAUAAAAAGAUAUUGAUUUAUAGAUUGAAUAAAAUUAAUCGAUACAACAAAAAGAAAAAUUGUUUAUUAAAAAAAUGCUUCGCAAAGAUCAUUUAUCAAGAGUAAAUUUACAGGAUAUUUUAGCAGCAUACAAUUAAAAUGGAGAGUAAACAUUUCCAAUUUUCAAACCCCUUAUUAAUGAGUAAGAGGAUAAAAAGAUUUAGGAGGAAACCAGGAAUUAAAUAUCAAUAAACAAAGAGAAGUUUCAAGAAUAAUUUGAAGGGAUGAGAAAAGAUUUAGAAAGGAAGAUUGAAUAAGAGAUAAAAGCAAAAUAUGAAAAAAUCAAGGAUGAUUACAAAAUUGACUUAGAAACAUAGAUAAAGCAAAAACAAAAUGAAAUAAAAGAGUAACAAGAAAAGACUCAAAAAUAUGAAGAGGAUAUUUAAGAAAUAACCUAAUUGAAAAUAGAAUAAGAAUUAUCCUUUUAAAAUUAAAUGGAAUAGUUUAGAAAGCAGAAAGAUGAUGAAUACUAUUCUUAAAUUAAAAAACUAAAGUUAGAAGCAAAUCAAGAAAAAGAAUAGUAAAUUUAAGAACAAGCAAAAGAACUAGAAGAAAAUCUUAGGCUCGAAUAUGAAAGAAAAUAUUUACUAGAAUACAACGAAAAGGUUACUCAACUGGAAUAAAAAGAAUAAUUACAAUAUUAAUAAUAAUUAUAGGCAAAAAGAUAAAAUUUGCUUAAUAUGGUGUAAUUAUAUUAAGAUACAAUUUAAUCAUUUAUUGAUCAAUUAAAAUUGCAAUUAUAAAGUCUUAUGGAUUUAAAUGUGUAAGGUAAUUAAUAAGAACAGUUAAGAUCUUAAAUCAAUAAGGAAAUUGAGUAAAAUGACUCAUAAAUAACAAUUAUGUUAUAAGCAUAGUAAGAGAUAAAAUAAUUGUAGUCAUUAGAGAAGCUUCAAGAAUAAGAGGAUAAAUUGGUUAGUGAACAGAAAAAUUCUAUUACAAAAUAACUGAAUGUAAUCAAUAAGAUAUCUGAGUAAGUAAAUGCUAUUGAAUAGUAAUUAAGAACUACAUAAUAAAUUGAGAAUCAAAAAUAAGAAAGAGAGCAAUAAUUGAAAAAAUUAAAGGAAACCUAUUAAACACAAAUUAACAAUUCAAAAUAGUGUAUAUAGUCCACUACUUCAAAUUUUAAUACAAUUAAGGAAAAAAUGUAAAUUUACUAAGAAAUUAAGUUUGAUUUUUAAGAGAAAGUUCAGAUUCAAUAUUUUAUAAAAUCAUAUGAGAAAAUUGAAUAAGAAUUAGAAAUUUUAAGACAAAAAGAGAGUAAUAUUUGUAAAUUUGAGUAAAUAUAGUAGAUUAUUCAAUAUCAAUCUCUUAUCUGCAAACUUGAAGAUAUUUAAUAAACUUUGAGUCACUUAAAAAUUUAAACUAGAAAUACGAUUUAAAGUAUUCAAAAGAUUGACUAAGAUUUUAUUGAUAUAUAGCAAAAUAAAAUAUAUGAUUUAGAAAUGUAGUUAGAUGAUUAUAUCGAGAAAUUUACUUAUUUAUCUCCAAAUCUUAAGUAUAAAUAAGUAAUUAACCAAAUUAUUACUAGCGUUUAAGAGUAAAAUUUGCAAACGAAUGAUUUACAAUUAAUAUUGAAUGGCAAGAUAUUUUAGGAAUAUUAAAAAUUUUAAUAAAUUAAUGACUCAAUUUAAAAGUAAUUAUAUUAUUUUUGGAAAUAACAUAACGAUAUAACUCAAUAAAUUUAUCAUGAUGAAUAAACUUAAUAAAGAAAAGAGAAAAGAAUAAAAGUAUUUGAAACUGCAUAAACACAAUUAAAUAAUUCUAUUGAUAAAUUUACAAAUUUAAAAAAAUAGUUUGAUAAUUUAUUUAGCAAUCAACAUAAUAUAGCUACUUCAUAUUAGAGCAUGAUUAAAGAAAAAAUUGAAAAAAUAGUUUUAAAAAUAUCUGAGUAUUAAAACUUAUUCAAGAGGUGCUAAUAAUCUGAUAUAAAUGAUUCCUGUAGAACCUCAAUUAUUUAAAUAGAUGAAUUGGAAUAAUUUUAGGAAAAGUUAUAAUAACAAGUGGAUGAUGAAACAGAAAACUUGACUAAAUUAUAUUUGCUAAUCUAAGAGGAAUAAUAAAAUAGCCAAUAUGAAAAGGAAAUAUUUAAGUUAAAUACUCAAUUGCAAACCUUAUUCAUGCAAUUCUAAAAAGCUAAAAGUUCAAUUAAAAUUGAAUGUAAAAGCAUAGAGUUCUUGAGGAAAAUGAAUGAGAAGAUAAUUUAACUUAAAGAAACUUUAGAAAAAGAAAGUCAAUAUUUGAAAGAUAAUUUGGAAUUAUUUGGUGAAAACAAAAGAUUAAUUGAGGAAAAGUUUAGUCAACUAGAGAAAUUAAACGGGUCUUUCAAAAAUCAAAUUAAAGUUUUGGUUGCGCAAUUAUAAAAAGAUAGCUAGAAAGCAGGAGGAGAAUUAGAACUUUUAAUGAAUUCUGUGAAUGAAAAAAGUAAAGAAAUAAAAAUCAUCCCUAUGGAUACUAAACUAAUGGAAACUUACGAAGAAUUAUAAAUGUAAAAUCUUGAAUUAUCAGAAGAAAUAAUUUAGAUAAAUGAUAAGAUAUUUAAUUCUCAAUUAAGUUUAUCAUAAUUAAAUUAGUUAAAAGAAUAAAUUUAAAAAGCUAUUUCCAAUUUAGAUGAUUUUAAGAAGAAAUUACCUAAGCAUAAUGAGAUUCUAGAAUUCAAUAAGACAUUUCUAUGCAAUUUAGAAUCUUAUACAUUAUAUUAUGCUCUAGUUAAUUACAUAAAGCAGUCUCAUAUCACAAAAUAUUAUUAAAGAAUAAAAGAAUUUGCAAAUAGGUAAAUAAAGAAAUAAAUCAAUAAAAGCGACUAUUAAAAAAAUUUUUAUCAAAAAUACCAAUCUGAAAAAGAAAGUAAUAGCACAAAAGAGAAGGAAGCUUAAGAUUUAUUAUAGAGAUACAAUAAUAUUUUGUUUAAGGGUUAAUUUAAAAUGAUGAUAGAAGAAAUGGAAAAAGAUCAAUAAUAGAUGGAGACAAUUAUUGAAAAACUAGAAAUACAGAUUAAGUAAGCCUUUAAGACAAAGUUAUAGGGUGCUAUAAAAAAUUAAGAGAAAAUAAAAGAACUCCUUAAGUAAGAGACCUUUAAAAAGAGAUAAUUUACCUAAAUUAUAGAAUUUAACAUAAUAUCAAAUUCUUAAAAUUAGUAUUGA